AUGUUGAAUCGUCGGCGCAUCCGCUACGCCAACGACACCGCCUACACGGGUGUCGCCGCCCAGCCCCCGCCGAACACGCCCCAGGCCAAUCUGAGCGCCCGGGCGGCGGCGCGGACCAUCGGUAAGGCCAAGUCGCCGCCGGCACUGGCGCUGGCACCGGCGCCGCUGCUGUCACAACCGCGCCAGGUGGCGCCGAAACUGCUGAACGGCCUGCUCCUUGGCCGACGCACCAGCGUCACCCUGGGCGACCCCCGCUUCAAAGGGUUCACCCUGGGCCCAGCCCAACUGGACGUUCCCUCAGACACUACCCUUGUAUACGACGUUGACGACGACGACGAGGUAUGGAGUCAGAACCGCGAGCUGAUGAAGGACUUGUCGCUUUCGGCGGCGCCCGCGCCGGCGCCAGUGAAGAUGGUUAAGCGGUACAUCCCCACCACCACCGGUGUGAAAGUGGUGGAAGUGCCUGAAUCGCUGUUGAAACUGCAAAUUGAGCGCUCAAACUCCAUCAGAGCUAACAUGAACUUGCUGAGACUGAACCUGAUCCAGGGCGCCCCGCGCAAGCCGUCGCUGCGGGCGCUGUCGCUCACGUCGUUGAGCUAUGUGAACUAUAAGGUGACCCGCAGCCCCAGUAUGCUGAACACUAAGCUGCCGCAGCGGCAGCCACUGAAGGCGGGCGCUCCAGCGGGCGCUAGACCUGGUGCCAACGCUGCCAAGCGUCAACUGGCGCCGGUGCCGCCGCCCCACACCACUACCACUACCACUCCCAACAGAACGUCAGCGCCGGCGCGCAAGGCUGGCGCCGCUACCACCACCACUACUACCACCACUACUGCUGGCAGAACGCUUAAGAAGGGGGCGCUGCAAGUUGCGCCAACGCCGUCGCCGCGCGCCGUGGAAGAACCGACGACGCCUACGCCCACCGUCAGCGACAGCGAGCGCAAGCUUGCCCAGAUCCGCCAGCAAGUAGAACACGAAAAGGAGCUUCAGCGACAGAUCGAAGCGGCGCAAAGGGAGUACGACCAGCUUAAACUGCAGCGCCUCCACCGCGAGGAAGUAUUGGAGCUGUUCCUUGAAGAAGAUGAAGAGGACGACGAAGCCGCUGCUACUACUACUGCUGCGGCGGCUGUGGUGGCGCCGCGUGCACCGGAGCUCUCUCAGGCCGACGUGACCUUCGACUACGACACUACCGUUCCCGACUCACCCGAAGAAGAGAUCAUAACGGAGACGCGCCACGUCGAAGUGAUCCCGGCGCCGCAAGUGAUUCCGGUGCCGGCAGCGGCUAACGUCCCCAGCAUCGACGUGUUCCCCGAACCGAGCGUCGAUCACGACGACCACCCGGAAGUCGUUUCUGAGGAGUCCUUGCGGGAAACGGCGCACGCGCCCGAGCCCGAGGGGCUCGCCAAGCUGUUGCGCCCGGCGUUUGCGCAGCAGCCACUGCAGACACUGCUGACGCUGCUGGUCACGAUCCCCGGCACCCCCGCUGAAGUCGACGAUAUCCGUCAACUAGGCGUCCCUGGCGCCACUGGCGCCGCCACCGGCGGCUCGCUGAGACUGCUGCUUCGCCUGGUCGACCUGGGCGAGCCGCGCAAGCCGAUGAAGCUGGCGCUCAAGAACCUGAACUCGCUGUACACGCUUGGGUCGCAGGCGCUGGGCCCGCGGGCGCUGGCGGCACAGCUGGCGUACUUGUCACUUGAGACCGCCGAGAACACCCGCUUGAAUAUGAAGUUGUCGCAGUCCGACUUGAGCGACGGCUUGGAUCCGCACCGCCUACAGGAGCGGCUGCCGUCGCGGUCGCCCCAGCCGCCGCUGGCGGCGGAGCGGCGCCAGCUCACCACGUUGCGCCAGCAGGACCCGCACACGGCGCACUUACAGCAGCAACAAGGGCAACCAGGCCAGCGCCAUCGCCCCCAAUCGUACGCGGCGCCCCAGCAAACGAAGAUGAGCAACCGCAGCUUGCGCCAGCUGACCCACGGGAUGCCGUCGCACCAGCAACAGCAGCAGCAGCAGGCGUACGUGGCGCCGAUUGCGCCCCACCCGGCGCUCCAGCCGGGGUACCAGCUGCCGCUGAAGAUCAAGGCGCAACAGCUCUACGCCAAGGCGCAGGCGCGUCCCAUGAGUCAGUUUGCGCCCGUGCGUAAGUCGCUGUACCUGAAGGAGCUGAGAGACCUGGGAGAACAGGGCGGCAGCGCCACCCUCCGCGGCAACCCCAGCAACGGUCAAGCGCAGCAACAACAACCUCACCCCACUUACCAAGCCAACGGCGCUGGUGGCGCCCCGGGGCCGCAACCCUCAGCAGCACCGGCGGCAGUCAACGCGCAAGACCAGCGCGCUUCCAAGCGCCUCACUCUCCGUGGCAACAACAACGGCGGCGGCGCCGCCCCCGCCACUCAAACGGACGUGUCGGCGCUUUCGCUGGCAGGCGGGUUCAGACUGCGCAUCGUCGACUCCGACGACGAGGACGGCCCGGUGCCGUUCACCUCCGGCCUGGCAGGAGCGCCCGCGGCGGCGGCGGCGGCGCAGCCAUUAGCGCUGCUGGCGCCGGCGCAACAAGGCCCCCCGCCCAAGAAGCGUGGCGGCUUCAUCACCAACGCCUUCAUCUUGCCCUCAGUGCGCGACCAAGCCGAGGCGCCGGUGGAGGAGCUGGUGCUGAACGUCAACUUCGGGCUGUUGCGCCCCCAGGACGACGGGCGCCGCCAGCUGACGGGCGACUCGCAGUCGCUGGCGCGGGACAAGAAGAAGUUCUCGGGCAAGUUGCGCAAGUUGUUCGGCAAGAACAAGGGGUAA